UCUCGUUCUCUUUUCUCCGCUGCCGGCCGAGAGCUGUUCCCGCGCMGCGCCCGCGGGAUUGACGCGGCCUGAGGGGCUCGGCAGGGCCGGCCCGGCGCCCMUCCCUCAGGGCAGAGCCCGUGUGGCGGGGAGCAUCCCCCUGGGCUCCCUCACGGCUGGGUGGUACGGCAACAGGAAUGACGGUGAACACGCCGCUGUGUUUUAGAGGAAAGAAGAUCCUGGCUCCAAUGGUGCGAGUGGGAACGCUACCGAUGCGUCUGCUUGCUCUGGACUAUGGUGCCGAUAUCGUGUACUGUGAGGAGCUGAUAGACAUAAAGAUGCUGCAGUGUAAGAGGGUUAUAAAUGAAGUACUUGAAACAGUGGACUUUGUUGCACCUAAUGAAAGAGUUGUUUUCAGAACCUGUGAAAGGGAGAGGCACCGUGUUGUCUUCCAAAUGGGUUCAGCAGAUGCUGAAAGAGCCCUGGCAGUAGCUAAGCUUGUAGAGAGUGAUGUGGCUGGUAUUGAUAUCAACAUGGGAUGCCCAAAAGAGUAUUCUACUAAGGGAGGUAUGGGAGCAGCCCUGCUGUCUGAUCCUGACAAAAUAGAGUCUAUAUUGACCACCCUUGUGAAAGGAAUUUGUAAACCWGUAACCUGCAAAAUCCGCAUUUUGCCCUCAGUUGAGGAUACUGUGAAUCUGGUGAAGAGAAUAGAAAAAACUGGCAUUGCUGCCAUUGCAGUCCAUGGAAGGAAGAAGGAGGAGAGGCCUCAGCACCCUGUCCACUGUGAUGUGAUCAAGGCCAUAUCUGAAGCCAUCUCCAUUCCAGUAAUAGCAAAUGGAGGAUCUCAUGACUUCAUCAAAGAAUAUGCAGAUAUUGGGACCUUCCAGAAAGCAACAGCUGCCUCAUCAGUCAUGAUUGCUCGUGCUGCCAUGUGGAACCCCUCUAUCUUCAGAAAAGAGGGGUUUUGCCCCUUGAAGGAUGUUAUGCAAGAUUACAUCAAAUAUGCAGUGAGAUAUGAUAAUCACUACACCAACACAAAAUACUGCUUGUGUCAGAUGUUAAGAGAACAGUUGGAAACUACUCAGGGUAAGAAGCUGCAUGCUGCACAGUCCACACAGGAGAUCUGUGAAGCCUUUGAAAUGGGUGACUUCUAUGAAGAAACAACAGCUAUUUUUGAAGCAAAGAAAACAUCUUUAGAAACCAAGACACAAGAUGAAGAUGACCAAAUAGAAGAYCCAGAUGUAAUAAAAAUGGCUGUUAGAUUUGACAAGCGAGAAUAUCCWCCACAGAUCACUCCAAAAAUGUAUCUUCUGGAAUGGUGUAGGAAAGAAAAGCAUCCUCAACCUGUUUAUGAAACUGUUCAAAGACCACUGGAUAGAUUAUUCUSUUCAGUAGUGACAGUAGCUGAGCAAAAAUACCGUUCAACUCUGUGGGACAAGUCCAAGAAACUAGCAGAACAGGCUGCAGCUAUUGUCUGCCUGAGAACCUUGGGUGUCCCAGAGGGAAAGCUCUGUGAGGGGGAAAAUCACCUGAUUAACAAACGCAAGAGGGACGAGCAGGAGCGCUUGAUUAACAGAGACCACGGAGAAGAACUUGCUGAGCCUUCCCAUAAAAAGGCUAAUUUUAUUGAAGAAACUUCUGACAUGAAUGUGCCUAAGAUGCCACGGUAGCAUGGAAAUGAGAGGUUUCAUGCCUAUGCAGCUAUGAAUGAGCUCCUAUUUGUAUAUCUUGCURUUCACAUUUCAUUUGGAUUCUCUCAGAGACAGAUAAAUUUCCCAGUUGUGAAAAAUGCCACUGAGAUGUUUACUGUUCACCACUCACUGUCCCUAUGGUGCCUUUCAGAUGAUUAUUGGGAACUUGAUUUUAAAGAACAUGGAGAAGAUAAUCCCAAAUAAUAAAUUUUUUUAAAAUAUCAAGUAUUUUCARAGCAAUUUUGUCAUUGUUUUCAUUACUUGUUUAUUGUUUCUAUGAAGCCUACAAUGUGCUGGUAAGAGAUACAUUAAUAAUCCACAAGCAGAGGAAUUCCUUAUGGAACUGUGUAGUUAAUUAGGAAAAUUAAUGUAGAAAAAUAUUAAUAGCUAAGUAGAUAUGAUUGUGUCAGCUGAGUUUUGUGCAUGUCUUGCAAGCCUUGUUUACACCACUCAUAUCAAGAAAAAGUUUUUUGCAGAGAGAAGGACUUAAAAUUCUAAGACAGGGUUAAAAUGGCAUUCUUCUGUGAUAAUUUCUACUACAUUUUACCCUUCAAAAAUAUGGCAGUAGAGUUAACCAUCCUKUCCUGGUCUUUGGUAUUAACAGUUGUGUCUUUCGAGAAUUGAAGCCAASCUUGGUAGCAAUGACUCUGUUGAAUGAAGCCACUUUGAGCUGUUUUUYCCUUUUGAACUUGAAAGUCCGUGUAAAUUUCUACAAGUAGAAUACUUGCAAUAAUGGGAAUCUGGAUUUCCAGAUUUCUGCAGGAUGCUGUCAGAAAUUCACAUGGACCUGUAGUUGAAGGUGGAUACCUUAACAAAGUUGCAUGAGUACCAGCCUGGAGGUGCUUUACUACUCCUGUUUUAUUACUGAAUAUGUGCCUUGGCUUGGUUGAUGGAGAGGGUUGGCUAAUACUGGCUGCAUASUUUGUUAUAAUGAAACAAAUACUAAGUUAACACUUGUUUGCCAGGUGUGUAUAUUAAAUCAAAGGGGUGCUAAAAGUUGGGGGGCAUGUUUUUCUUUUCUAAGAUGUGCAAAUAUUCAAAUCCUUCCUGAAAUUAUUAGGUGGCUGCCAAUGUUGCACUUAGCCCUCUUAGCUCUCUGCACCAGUUGUACACAUUAAUGGGCUUGUCUGUGCUGUACUUGUGGAUAGGCCAAAGAGAGCCUGUGAAAAUCAGAGUGAGGAGUCAUUCUGAUGGAAYGAGCUUUUAAUGCUAAAUAUAGAAGGGCUGUAAUUCUGGGAAAUGGCUAGAAAGUGUAACAUUUGACACCUUUGAUCAGUUUCAGAAAGAACCRAAGAAAACUUGCARUUGUACAUAUGUGUGUGUGAAUGUCUAAAUGUUAUGAUUUAAUGACUUUCUGGUACAUACUUUCAUACCUCAUAACUCUGUUACAGCUAAUGUGUGACAACUUACCCUACUUUGAUGAUUCAAUUCGUCCUAACCAGUCCUACAGAUAGGGUAAUUGUAUUUUUCAUGUAUGUUCCCUUCUCAGGACUGGUAUUAAAGUAAUUACUUCAGUGACCAGUGCUUUCCUCCUAGAAAUCAUUCCAUUUGCAUUACUUUAAAGAGCAAACUACACUGGUUACUCUUGAGUUUCUCCUGUGCUUCUCUUCCCUGCUAUACCUUCGAGAAACAGAAGGUGGCAGAUUUUUUAAGGGUUUUCAGAAAAAUAUGCUAACUUCUGCAGUAUUUAAGAAUCCAGCUAUUGCUCUUCUGCAUUCUUGCAUAGAGUGGCRAUUGACUCCACAGUUGGGUUGGAGGAUAUUUAGCCUCACUUUUCAGAAUUGUUUUUUCUUUGUUUUAAUUUUAAUAUGGUAUGAACAUGAUACUURGGCCAUACUGAUGAAAGCUAUGCUCUAUUUUAAGUAUUUGCUUAGUGAAAACGUUUCACUAUUAAUCCUAUGGAACUCUGUGAAACAACUGGAGGGUUUUUUGUCCCAGGGGUACAGUCAGCCAACAAAAACACACUUGUAUUUUUUUUUACUUGAUAGUGAUGCUGCAGAGGGUAUCUGUAAUGAUACCUGCCCAAAUGUGGUCCAUGGGUACAGGGAGAUCUGUAACUUGUCCUCCCUGUGUUCUGCUUGCUACAAGCCUGAAUGGAAAUGCAGAGAUAUUUUUACCAGCCUUUAGUGUGGAUGCACUCACUGUGGGUCUACCUCCAGGGCCUUGCUGGCUGGAAUGCUUUUUGGAAUGUCCCGGGCUCUGAGCCCAACCCCGCCCUGGAAUGUGAGGUUAAAUGUUGGCGGUACAAAUACAGAGUUUGAAUAUCAAAAUCCUAGAGUUCCCCAGCACUGCAAUUUCAGAAACUGGCAAGUGAGCCACAUGUCAGCUCAGCUGCUCUCCAAUUCAAAGAAUAAGCAUGCCUUGGGUUGCUGGGGAAGGAGGGGGAGGUGGGAUGGUUUUGGUUUUGGUUUGGUUUUCACUUACCCAUUAUGAAUCACAGAAGAACAUGCUUUUCAAACACGUCAACUGGCAAGAUGCGAGAGGUCCCAGACAGGUGUUAGCUGGAAAGCAGUCUUCAUUCACAAAAGCAUUUCACUGCCAUUCUUUACUCAAAAUUAGGAGCUCAACAUAAUGAGAGCUGUUGCCUUAUUAAACAAGAGCCUGCUUAUGUUUGGACUCUGAGGCAAGAAGUGAUGAGAUGGCCUGUAAGGCGUAAGUUCCAUCUGUACCACAGUGCAAGAGGCUGAUGUUUGAGGCUUUGAGUCAGAGGUGCUGAUGACAAAGCUGAUGAAAAACAUUAAAAGCUAAACAUGAAAAGCCAGCCUUUGGUGAGGAGGGGGUGCAUCAUGUAUUGUUAAAAAACAGUUGCCUGGGUCAGUUAAAGAGCUCUGCUGAGCCCCAGGGGAGUCUGGUUCAG